UUAGCUCUUCUCCGCCAAAAUCUCAGCUAAAAUGGUUUCGCUGAAGCUCCAGAAGCGUCUCGCAGCAUCAGUGCUGAAGUGCGGGAAGAGGAAAGUAUGGCUCGAUCCGAACGAAGGGAGUGAUAUCUCCAUGGCUAAUUCGCGCCAAAACAUCAGGAAGCUUGUGAAGGAUGGUUUUAUCAUCAGGAAGCCAACAAAGAUCCACUCACGUUCUAGAGCACGUCAACUGAAUAUAGCCAAGAGAAAGGGACGUCACUCUGGUUAUGGUAAGAGGAAGGGUACCCGGGAGGCAAGGUUGCCAACUAAGGUAUUGUGGAUGAGGAGGAUGAGAGUUCUGAGGCGUCUUCUAAAGAAGUAUAGGGAGACCAAGAAGAUUGAUAGACACAUGUACCAUGACAUGUACAUGAAGGUCAAGGGUAACGUCUUCAAGAACAAGCGUGUCUUGAUGGAAAGUAUUCACAAAUCCAAGGCUGAGAAGGCUAGGGAGAAGACUUUGUCUGACCAGUUUGAGGCUAAGAGGGCUAAGAACAAGGCUAGCCGAGAGAGGAAACAUGCUCGACGAGAGGAGCGUCUUGCCAAGGGUCCUGGAGGAGACAUACCUGCCGUUGCACCACCUGCGCAAACCACUGAGGUACCAGCGAAAAAGUCUAAGAAGUGAGAAGUUUGCUCAGUAGUGAAUUUUCUUUAGCAGUAAUUUUGAAUGGUUUUUGUGUUUCAGCUUUGUGAAAACUCUUUUUUUUGUGACAAAUAUGAGAACCUUUGUCAGUAAUUCGUACUGUUUUAGGAGACUUAAUUCUAUAUCUUCGAGCCCCUUUUCUCUCUCAA